AUGAGGAGUUUCCCUUGUCGAGCAGCCGCCUUUUGCUCGACGGAAGCAACAUCGGAAAUUCGGGAAGAAAUUCUGAAGGCUGCUGAGGAAGAGUACAGGAUGAUCAAAGAGAUCGAGGCCGCGGCCUCUGGGGCAAGUGUGCUCAAGCAGCAUGGGCUGCACACCACGUUCCAGAUGUACCGGGAGAUUAUGGCUACCAUGCAGCUGCACCAGUUCAAAGAUUGCAAGGCAAUUGAGGACAUUGUGCAAGCCUGGUACCCUCCUUGGGGCCAGUCAUCCUGCUUGGAACAGGUGUUUCGAGAGCUGGAGCAGGCUACGAAGCGGGUGGGCCAUGUGGGAGACUCGAUGUCGAACCUCACAUGUGUGGCUGUGAGGGCUUUGGAAAGGAGGGUGUGCUCUGACGAGCAGACUCCUGUGACGCCUUCCUUGUGCGAAAAGGACUGGCAGGGUCAGGUGGUACGCAACCUGAAGGACAAGAUGUGGCAUCCGACUUCAGCUCCUGCCUGCAAGAACGUGAAAAUCGACGACAUCAUAAAGCCUUUUACCACCAUGACGGCCUACUCUCAGAUUGGCACGAGCCCCAUCGACUCGAUCAGCUGCAUGUGGGUGGCAGGAUGCUUCCGGGUUCUCCGUCUCAAAGAGGUUUCCUGGAAGUUUGCUGGCAAGCUGUUGCCGGAAAAGCUGGACGAGAGACGGAUGCCAAAGAACAUGAAAGAGUUCAAGGAUCCUUUCUCUGAGGAGACAGAGGAAACACGCGCUCUGGUGCUGGACAAUGGAACAUGUUCGAGCAUCGUCUCUGUGGACUUCACGAUGCUGCCUGGUCCAGAACAGACAGGGGAGCAGACUGUUGAGAUUUUCGAGUACACCAUCCACGUGAGCCCCGCUUCCUUGGAAUGCAAGUGUGGUGGGAUCCUCAUUCGCAGAGGAUCCAAACCAUAUUCGCUGUUGGUGCACCUUUUCAUCUCAGAGACCAUCCUGAGCAUAACCUCGGCUGCCUUGUCGGAAAUCCUCACUGCCUACGAAGCCCGUAUGCCGAAGAACAGCAGCAAGCAUGCGAAGAUCAGAAAACUCUUGACAUUGGCCGAUGUCAAAGAAACCCUGGGUGACCAUGGGGUGGCACGAAUGGAGCAGAAGCUGCAAGACGAGAAGGCCGAGGAAGAAGACCCUGCAGUGGCUGCUUGCAACCAGCUCCUCGCAGAGCUGGAUGCCGAGGAAGAGAAGGAGGAAGAGAAGGAGGAAGCAACCGAUGCACGGCAGCAUUCAGUUCAAUGA